ACCACUCCAGGUGAUUUUUUUCAGAAAGAGAGAGAGAGAGAGAGAGUCCAACGCUGAAGCUUCCUCCCAUGCAGUCGGACUCAAACCUGGGAUCACAGGUGUGGCAGAGGACAGCACUAUCCAGGAGGCAGCCAUGAAGACAUGGGAAGGGAGACCCCCGGAUUCUGACAUCUGACACAAGCUUUCACUUCCUCAGCACGGAACUUAUUCAGCACCAUGGAGAGCAGCCCCAGCAGCCCUCCGCCCACACAGCCGGAGGAUCCUCUGGAGGCGUUUCCCCAAAGGAGCCUGGAGGCAGGUGACAUCGCAGUGUUGGUUCUGUAUUUCCUCUUUGUCCUGGCUGUUGGACUUUGGUCCACAGUGAAGACCAAAAAAGACACAGUGAAGGGCUACUUCCUAGCUGGAGGGGACAUGGUGUGGUGGCCGGUGGGGGCCUCUUUGUUUGCCAGCAAUGUUGGCAGUGGACAUUUCGUUGGCCUGGCUGGGUCAGGAGCUGCCGCAGGCAUUUCUGCAGCUGCUUAUGAGAUAAACGGUUUGUUUUUCGUGCUGUUGUUGUCCUGGGUCUUUCUUCCCAUCUACAUCUCUGGCCAGGUGACCACGAUGCCAGAAUACCUCCAGAAACGCUUUGGUGGUAAGAGGAUCCCCAUCACCCUGGCCGUGCUCUACCUGUUCAUCUACAUCUUCACCAAGAUCUCGGUGGACAUGUACGCAGGUGCCAUUUUUAUCCAGCAGUCUCUGCAUCUGGACCUGUACCUGGCUGUCAUCGGGCUGUUGGCCAUCACAGCUGUCUACACAAUCGCAGGUGGUCUGGCUGCUGUGAUCUACACGGACGCCCUGCAGACUUUUAUCAUGCUUAUCGGAGCGCUUUCCCUGAUGGGCUACAGUUUUGCCGCGGUUGGUGGUCUGGAGGGCCUGCAGGAGAAGUACUUCCUGGCCAUCGCUAGCAACCGCAGUGAGAACAGCAGCUGCGGGCUGCCCCGGGAAGAUGCCUUCCACAUUUUCCGAGACCCCCUGACCUCUGACCUCCCGUGGCCCGGGAUCCUGCUUGGAAUGUCCGUCCCGUCCCUCUGGUAUUGGUGCACCGAUCAGGUGAUCGUUCAGCGAACUCUAGCUGCCAAGAACCUGUCUCACGCCAAAGGAGGGUCCCUGAUGGCUGCCUACCUGAAGGUGCUGCCCCUUUUCAUGAUGGUCUUCCCUGGUAUGGUCAGCCGCGUCCUCUUCCCAGAUCAGGUGGCUUGUGCGGACCCUGAAAUCUGCCGGAAAAUAUGCGGCAACCCCUCUGGCUGCUCUGACAUCGCCUACCCCAAACUGGUGCUAGAGCUCCUGCCCAUCGGCCUCCGCGGGCUCAUGAUGGCGGUGAUGGUGGCUGCGCUCAUGUCCUCGCUCACCUCCAUCUUUAACAGCGCCAGCACCAUCUUCACUAUGGACCUCUGGACUCACAUGCGGCCGCGGGCGUCUGAGAGGGAGCUCCUCAUCGUAGGCAGGGUGUUUGUACUGCUGCUCGUCUUGGUUUCCAUCCUCUGGAUCCCUGUGGUCCAGGCCAGCCAGGGCGGCCAGCUCUUCAUCUACAUCCAGGCCAUCAGCUCCUACCUGCAGCCGCCGGUGGCCAUAGUCUUCAUCAUGGGCUGCUUCUGGAAGCGAGCCAAUGAGAAGGGGGCCUUCUCGGGUCUGAUCUUCGGCCUUCUCCUAGGCUUGAUCCGACUGGUCCUGGACUUCGUCUAUGUGCAGCCUCUGUGUAACGAGCAGGACACGCGGCCGGCCGUGGUGAAGGUCCACUACCUCUACUUCUCCGCCAUCCUGUCCGUGGUGACGCUGUUCAUCAUGUCUGCCGUGAGCUGGUUCACAGAGCCGCCUUGCAAGGACAUGGUCAGUCGCCUCACCUGGUUCACUCGCCAUGACCCCGUGGUCCAGAAGGAGGAGGUGCCCCCAGUCUUUGAGAAUGGGGUGCCAGAGGUCAGCAGCACUGGCGUCCAGCUGGAGAGUGUUCAGGACAACACAUCAAAAACCUCCAGCAUUGACUCCACCCAGAAGCGAUCCAAAGUGAUGAAAUCCAUCCUGUGGCUCUGUGGAAUGACAAGUGAGAACAAGGAGGAGCCUCCGAGCAAACCAGAACCCACUGGAAAUUUCUUGGAAGAAAACUCUUGUUUGAAAACCGUUCUGGACAUCAACCUCAUUAUCUGCAUCAGCUGUGGCGUUUUUCUCUGGGGUUACUUUGGUUAGGGGGGAGUAGGGGAUGGGACCAGGGGUCUGACUUCUCAGUUCGUCUUCAAUGAAUUAUUUUUUAGUGAAAUACAAUAAAAUAAUACAAUACUAA